AUAUCAGACAUCGCAUACAAUACGAAUUCUUCGUAAGAACACUACACAUAACAACAUAACAAGCGGUCAUAAUGGCGGUUCCCUCGGUUUCGCUAAAUACGCGAAAUAAAAAGCACUUUUUGGGCGUACCGGCACCUUUGGGAUAUGUUGCUGGUGUUGGCAGAGGAGCUACAGGAUUCACGACACGGUCUGACAUCGGUCCUGCUCGAGAUGCUAAUGACGUUUCUGAUGAUAGACAUGCACCACCCACAAAACGUGCGAAGAAGAAGGAGGAAGAAGAGGAAGAUGAGGAAGACUUGAAUGAUUCAAAUUAUGACGAGUUUUCCGGAUAUGGAGGUUCUCUUUUUAGUAAGGAUCCCUAUGACAAAGAUGAUGAAGAAGCAGAUGCGAUUUACGAGGCUAUCGACAAACGUAUGGAUGAGAAGCGUAAAGAGUACAGAGAGAAGCGUCUCAGAGAAGAAUUGGAACGCUAUCGGCAAGAACGUCCAAAAAUCCAGCAGCAGUUCUCAGAUUUAAAAAGGGAAUUGGUCAAUGUAACAGAGGACGAAUGGAGAAACGUUCCCGAGGUGGGAGACGCUAGGAAUCGUAAACAGCGUAAUCCAAGAGCGGAAAAAUUCACUCCAUUGCCAGAUUCGGUGCUAGCGAGAAAUUUGGGAGGUGAAACGUCUACCAGUAUUGAUCCGUCUAGCGGUCUAGCCUCCAUGAUGCCAGGUGUGGCGACACCCGGUAUGCUAACCCCGACAGGAGAUCUUGAUCUUCGGAAAAUUGGACAAGCUAGAAACACACUGAUGAAUGUGAAGUUGAAUCAGGUUUCCGAUUCUGUGGAGGGCCAAACCGUGGUUGAUCCAAAAGGUUACCUUACAGACUUGCAGAGCAUGAUACCUACUUAUGGUGGUGACAUAAACGACAUAAAGAAAGCUAGAUUGUUAUUGAAAUCCGUCAGAGAGACUAAUCCAAACCAUCCUCCCGCGUGGAUUGCGUCAGCGCGUUUAGAAGAGGUGACGGGAAAGGUCCAGGCAGCGAGAAACUUAAUAAUGAAAGGUUGCGAAGUGAAUCCCACUUCAGAGGAUUUGUGGCUGGAAGCUGCGAGACUGCAGCCUCCGGACACGGCGAAGGCGGUGAUAGCUCAGUCAGUGCGACAUAUUCCGACAUCUGUUAGAAUCUGGAUAAAAGCCGCAGACUUGGAGAUAGAAGUGAAGGCGAAAAGGAAAGUGUACCGAAAGGCGUUGGAACACAUCCCGAACUCGGUGCGAUUGUGGAAAGCAGCCGUCGAACUGGAGGAACCCGAAGACGCGCGUAUCUUGCUCAGCCGUGCGGUCGAGUGUUGUCCGACUAGUGUAGAUCUAUGGCUCGCUCUCGCUAGAUUAGAGACUUACGACAACGCGAGAAAAGUGUUGAACAAGGCCCGAGAGAACAUCCCGACCGACAGACAAAUUUGGACUACCGCUGCAAAGUUGGAGGAGGCGAAUGGCAACAAACACAUGGUGGAAAAGAUCAUCGAUCGCGCCAUAUCCUCGUUGAGUGCGAAUGGCGUAGAAAUCAACAGGGAGCAUUGGUUUAAGGAAGCUAUGGAAGCUGAGAAAGCAGGAGCGGUGCAUUGUUGCCAGGUUAUCGUCAAAGCUAUUAUCGGCUUCGGAGUGGAAGAGGAGGACAGGAAACACACUUGGAUGGAAGACGCGGAAACCUGUGCUCAACAAGGAGCAUUGGAAUGCGCCAGAGCUGUUUAUGCGUAUGCAUUAACGACGUUUCCCAGCAAGAAAUCAAUUUGGCUGCGCGCAGCUUAUUUUGAGAAGACAUAUGGAACGCGAGAAUCUCUGGAAGCACUGUUGCAAAGAGCAGUCGCCCAUUGCCCUAAGAGCGAAGUGCUCUGGUUGAUGGGUGCAAAAUCAAAGUGGUUGGCUGGCGACGUACCAGCAGCUAGAGGUAUUUUGUCUCUCGCCUUUCAAGCUAAUCCGAAUUCCGAAGAGAUUUGGUUGGCUGCUGUAAAACUCGAGUCCGAAAACUCGGAAUAUGAAAGAGCGCGACGUUUAUUGGCGAAAGCUAGAGCCUCGGCGCCGACACCGAGAGUGAUGAUGAAAAGUGCCAAGUUGGAGUGGGCUCUUAACAAUCUUGAAGCUGCGUUGCAUCUUUUAAAGGAGGCCCUCGAAGCUUUCGACGACUUUCCUAAGUUAUGGUUGAUGAAAGGUCAAAUUGAAGAACAGCAGGGCCAUCUGGACAAGGCGAUAGAGACGUACAACCAGGCGAUUAAGAAAUGCCCAAAUUCGAUACCUAUAUGGCGUCUGUUGGCUCAAUUGGAGCAUAGGAAGAACCAAGUGACCAAAGCGCGUUCAGUUCUAGAGAAAGCCAGGCUUAAGAAUCCUAAAAAUGCGGAAUUAUGGCUGGAAUCUAUACGGAACGAAUUGAAAAGCGGUGGUGUGCGCGAUAUGGCGAAUACGUUAAUGGCUAAGGCGUUACAAGAAUGCCCCACAUCUGGUCUACUCUGGGCGGAGGCAAUUUUUAUGGAACCACGACCUCAACGAAAAACUAAAAGCGUGGACGCUCUCAAGAAAUGCGAACAUGAUCCACAUGUUCUCUUGGCAGUAUCAAAAUUAUUUUGGUGCGAGCAUAAGAUUUCAAAGUGCAGAGAUUGGUUCAAUCGGACGGUGAAGAUAGAUCCAGAUUUAGGCGAUGCGUGGGCAUAUUUUUAUAAAUUCGAAUUAUUAAACGGCACGGAAGAACAGCAGGAAGAUGUAAAGAAGAGAUGCAUCGCUGCGGAACCUCAUCACGGCGAACAUUGGUGCAAAGUUUCCAAAGAUAUAGCAAAUUGGUGCCUGAGUAUAGAUCAGAUCUUAAUAUUAGUAGCAAAGGAAUUGCCCAUUCCCAUAUAAAUGAAAAUUUAAUUACGACACAAUUCUGAAAAACUAUUUGCAAAAAUGUCUUACUAUAAGUUUGUAAAUAAAAUCAAGGAAAGGUCGAUUGAUUUUAAUCUUCUGCUGUCUUGUAUUAUUUAUUAAAGGUACUAUAUGUUAA